GUCCACGCGUUUUAGACACUGCAAGUGCUUUGUUCUCAGUCUCCACUAUUCGGUAGCUUAGACAGGGUGCGUAUGUUGCUCAUCUCUUCGACUAAUACAGCUCUGAAACCGGUUCUGUCAAACUUAUUUGUUUAAUGAAUAUUGAUUAGGGCGAUGCAAGUCAGGUGAAACCAUUCUAUUAUUGACAAGAAUUAAAGUACAUGGACUGCGAUUGUGAUUGAAGAGGAAUAAAAUGGCUCAGGGACAAACAGAAAAUGUUGGAGUCCGGGCGACAGAUACAACGCUCCUGGUUCCAGAGCACUCUCGACAAGGGAAACGUUUGCAACGAAAAGAAUUGCAGAUAUCGCUUAACAAUGAUUUGCUGUCCAUAUUGGAUGAGCUGGAAAUUGAAGAGGGAUUGUCGAGGAUGCAGACACUGCUGAAUGACUGUAGGUGGAACACGCUCUAUGAUCUGAUUGAAGAAAUGAAGAACUGGGACGUUUUGACAACGAUUCCAGAACCGAAGACAUUCUUAUUCAACAGCAAGAUACAGCCGACUUUUGGAAAAAUUCUCGAACGCAACAUUUUCUACCAACCAUAUUUAGAAUGCUUCAUCACCAGAUUCUCCGCAUACAAUGAGAGAAUCGUCCCGGAACUGAACGCCCCAAUCCACUAUGCCGUCGAAUCGCUAAAUGUCAGCUUAAUCACCUGGCUGCUGUCGCAGCCAUCAAUCGACAUCAACAUCCGAAAUAAGCAAAGCAAAACGGCCCUGUUUCUACUGUGUGAGCAAUACGACGCCGUGGUGAACAGUCCGAAGUUUAAGAAACGCGCCCUCCAGUUGUCCAGAAGUCCCAUCAAAGCGGAAGACAUCCGGCAAUGCAUUCUUUUGCUGCUCGACCAUGGUGCGGACUUCAACGUCUGUAGCGAUCGGCUGAAGCUGCCGUUCGAGCAUCUGUCCAGGAAUUCCUCCAAUGAGAAUAAAACAUUUCUGAUGGAGUGCGUAGCGCGGUUCAAAGGUGCCAUAGCUGUUGGGAAGAGGGGUGGUGCAAAGCAACUGUGUCUUGGGUUCUAUCAGGACUGGGUGCCGGUCAACAUCACAGUUCAGCUACUGGAGAUCAUGCUGAGGUUCAAAGACAUACAGCGUUUCGACCGAGAGUUUCAGAAGUUCAAGGUUGAUGAAUGUAAUGUGCGAUGCGUGAUUCGUCUGCUGUUGCACAUCGCUGUCGAGCUUGAUAUGGAGCGCACGGUGAAGAAAAUCGUGGAGCAUGCGGGUCAGAUUAUCUUCAAAACCGUGAAGCCGGUGGUCUCCAAAAAACGUGCCAUGCGUGUUUGCCCACCAGAUCAGGAACAAGAUGCGAAAACUUCCGAAUUAGUUUACCGAGUGGAGCUGAAGGGACUUCUGAAGAAAGCUUGCGAGUGUGGGAAUGUAGCGACACUAACCCUACUAUUGGGAAACAUCACCGAUCGGGUGCUGGUGAAUGACGAUCCAAUUUUGGUGUUCACUCUGAACCGCGCUCAGGAGCUGUGGAGACGUGAGGAGGAGCGAAUUCGGGUGCUACAGUGCGCCGAAUUGUUGGCAAAAGACCAGAAGAUUUAUCUCACUCGGACGGACAACAAUGGCAACACCGCUUUGCAUACAUCGUUGAAGUUCGGCUUCAAUGAUAUUGCUCUGGAUCUCAUGCAGCAGAAAUACGCUUUCCUCGGUGCUCGGAACAAAGACAACCAAACUCCGCUUGACUUUGCGCGGUUUGAUUUUUGGAAGAUGUACUUUGAUCAGUGUGUCACGAUUGAUGUUCGACGGUCGUACUUCGAUCGAAACGAGAUCCGACUCAACCUCAAUGGAUUUGAUCCGUACAUCUUCAAGAAGCGCCAAACGAAGAAGGCCUCACCCAAGGAUCGGAGCGAGAUGAAUCUCUGGCGAAUCGUGGAGAAAGCGUCUUCAACGAAUGUUUCUAGCCAGCAGCCCCACGAGUCGUUCGUUACCGAAAUGGAUCCCGUCAAAAUCAUCGCAAAGUCCAAGGAACUUAAACGUCUUUUACUUCAUCCAGUUAUCUACACCUUCAUUCUGGUCAAGUGGCUUCGUCUCACCAAGUGGAUUUAUCUCAAUCUGAUUUGCACUCUCGCAACUGUUAUUUGCUUCGGAAUGCAUUCGCUCGACACAUGUAACGGUGACAAUCAUUCUUCUAUUAUUGUCACAGCAUUUACCUGGAUCGGUGCUGUCUACAUGAUCAGCCGAGAAAUUGUUCAGAUUCUGUUUCUUCGACUUAAUUACUUUUCUUCAUUUGACAACUACGUGGACAUAGCGACGAUCAUCUCCAUGGUCAUCGUUCUGCAGGACGGUUGCCGAUCGAUACUGUCUUCGCUGAUCGUCAUAGCUUUCGCUCUCCAGCUUACCGUGCUCAUAGGAUCACUGCCGUUCAACACGCUUUCCACUUACAUGCACAUGUUCAAAACGGUAUCGGUGAACUUCAUGAAGAGUUUUCUGCUCUUCAUCCCACUACUUGGAGCCUUCACGUAUAGCUUUUUCCUGUCCUAUAAUGAUCGAACUAUACCGCGUAAUGCCACGAACGAAGAGGUCCCGUUCAAUACCUUCAGUAGUUUUUCCGACGCUGCACUGAAAACUUUGGUUAUGACUACUGGCGAAUACGAAGCCGCUGGCGUAGACUUCAGCGGCGGCAAGAUCGUUCUCUUCGUCCUAUUCAUUUUCUUUGCUCCGAUUGUUGUCCUAAACCUGAUCAACGGUCUUGCCGUCAGUGACAUCACCUCCAUCAAAGAGGAGUCCGAGUUGAUUAGUUUGCGGAAAAAGGUCUUGAUAUUGGAACGCUAUGAACGCGGACUUCGGGACAUGCCGAUCCAGUUUAUCCGUCGGAUGUUUCCGACUUCGUUCUUCGAAAACCACUCGUACGUGAUUGUGGUCAAGCCGAAGGAGCUUCGCAAGAUUCUGGUGCAGCAAAUCAAUCCACAGGCGGGAAAUCAGCCGCGCGAACAGAACCUUCCGAAAGGCGUGUGGUGUGUCGUCCCAAACAUGCCCGGUGGAUGGUUGGUGAGGGGUUCGGAAGGGUUCUUUGUGAAUCUGAAAUUCCUUAAAUUUCCACUUUUCUGUACACUGGACGAACAUAUCAUGGACGAAGCGUUGCAAAUUGUCGACGCCAGUAUUAUGCUGCGGGAAAUAAUGGACACCAAACGAAUGGAGAUCGCUUCCUCUAUGAGCAGUUUCACAGAAAGUGACGAUAAGUUGGACGAGAUGAAGACGGAAAUUACGAAAAUGAGAACCCUUCUGGCGAAAGUGAUUCAACAGAAGCAACCUAAGAAGAGGAAAUUCUCCGCGAAUAAAACUAAAGUAAUAAAAGAAGUUGACGACGUGGGUGACAAGCUCGCACGGGCUACCAAAGUCGCUAAAGCCGUGGGGAAGUUUAAAAAAGGCAAAAAGAAGCCAAAAUCCUAGAAGAUCAUAUAGUGCGAAGUAAGGAAUAGUCAACACAUUUUAGAAUUUUGAAUCAA